GCUGGCCUGGUGACGUCAGCGACCAAUGGGUAAAAUGGCGGACACGGAAUUGAAUGUAGAUAACCUGAUAUCCCGACUUUUGGAAGUCCGGGGAUGUCGCCCUGGCAAGACGGUGCAGAUGACAGAGGCGGAGGUGCGGGGGUUGUGCCUGAAGUCACGGGAGAUUUUCCUGAGCCAACCCAUCCUCCUGGAGCUGGAGGCUCCGCUCAAGAUCUGCGGUGACAUCCAUGGCCAGUACACAGAUCUCCUCCGACUGUUUGAGUAUGGAGGUUUCCCGCCUGAGGCCAACUACCUGUUCCUUGGGGAUUACGUAGACCGUGGAAAACAGUCCUUGGAGACCAUCUGCUUGUUGCUGGCGUACAAGAUCAAGUACCCCGAGAAUUUCUUCCUGUUGAGAGGAAACCAUGAGUGUGCCAGCAUCAAUCGAAUAUAUGGAUUCUAUGAUGAAUGUAAACGGCGAUUCAACAUCAAGUUGUGGAAGACAUUCACAGACUGUUUCAACUGCCUCCCCAUUGCCGCCAUUGUGGAUGAGAAGAUAUUUUGCUGUCAUGGAGGACUGUCCCCAGACCUUCAGUCCAUGGAGCAGAUCCGCCGCAUCAUGAGGCCGACUGAUGUACCGGACACAGGUCUCCUGUGUGACCUGUUGUGGUCAGACCCAGACAAGGAUGUUCAGGGCUGGGGAGAGAACGACCGCGGAGUCUCCUUCACAUUUGGUGCAGACGUAGUCAGUAAAUUCCUCAACAGACAUGACUUUGACCUAAUCUGCAGAGCACAUCAGGUUGUAGAGGAUGGUUAUGAGUUCUUUGCCAAACGUCAGCUGGUAACGCUGUUCUCUGCCCCAAACUACUGUGGGGAGUUUGACAAUGCUGGAGGCAUGAUGAGUGUGGAUGAGACCCUUAUGUGCUCCUUCCAGAUUCUGAAGCCAUCAGAAAAGAAGGCGAAGUACCAGUAUGGUGGCCUGAAUUCUGGCCGACCUGUAACACCCCCAAGAACCGGCUUGCCUGGCAAGGGCAAGAAGUAAAACUCAAGUGGAGAAAAUUAUUUACUCUCAUUAGUGUUCUUGUGUACCUGUGGACCCUUAACUUUCAUUUGGAUUUAAGUCAUAUUGUAUGUUUUUAUGGAGGGGACUUCAUCAUUGUACAGCACUUGGACUAUGACAUUUGUACAAAGAUAAGGCAAGGCAUUUGCCUUCACAUAUCAUCUUAAUCAUCAGAACAGCUUGUAGCAUCCCCAGGGAGAACAAAGUGACACCUGGGGGGACCGCUGGAUAGUUGUCAAGCACCACAAUGUCUAUGUCAGUGUGUUGACGCAUAGCAAAUUUCAAAUCAUGAUUUUAUGUGGUAUUUUUCUUUCCAAUCUUACUAGCUUGACUGAGAGGACGUGAAACAGUUGAUGGUAUUUGAUAGAAGGGAGGGUGGGAGUGUUGACUUAGGUAGAAGGCAAGAGUGAGAGAAGAGAAAAUUGGAAGUGGCAGGUACAUGUACUUAUUGUCAAGUGGACAAGAGCAAUGUGAUCCAUUCAAAGGAGAGUAUUCUUCUCUGGUGCACAAAUAUUCCUUUCAGGUGAAAGUUGUAAAGAGGAUCAGAUGCCCAAUGCUAAAUUCCAUUCAAACCAAGAGCCAUAUAUAACAUGUACUUGAACAGAACCAUAACUUGUGUCAGAGAAGUUUAUCUGUCUGUAUCAGCUUGCCCUUGAUUCAGUGGGACCUUGAAGUGGUAAUGCACAGAGCCAUCAAGUAUUUCUCUGUGUAAGUCGAGUGUGCAGAUUCCUUGCAUGAAAGGGCACUAGAUGAAUCCCACUAGAUUACAUUCAUGAAGGUAGAAUGCCUUGCAACAUGUGUUCUACUUUGAUGAUAGCAUUGGAAUAGGAGACAUGGCCACGGAAGGCCAUGAUAAAAAAAUUGUAUAGAGUAGUGAUAUUAGGAUGUAGUUCAAAAUAUUGAUAUCUAUAUAGUGAGUAAGGAUACUACUGAUGCAAAGCAUGAGAGACAGAUUUUAUUGAGGAUAAUUAGAAGAUAGAAGUAUGUAAGUUAAAGUAUAAAGAAACUUGUCUUUCAUCUUAACACAUCACAGGUUCCUUACCAGUGAAAGAGGUCUGUUCUUAACUGUAUCCCAUGCAUUACUUCUCAACCUGGACAAGUUAACAAUGUAGAUGCAGUUCAAUAUUACAUUACAUAUUGUGUUUAUUAGUUGAAGCUUCCAAGAGUUGUAGGCAUAAGGUUUGCUUUUGCAUAUACAUGUAUUGUUAAUUGCCAUCUCUUCUGUUUCUUUUUUUUUAAUAACUGUGUUACAUACAAAAGAUAGCAAGUCUUAACUGAAAUGAUAGCAAAGACUAUUUGAAAAAGUGCCCAAGACAAGGCAGCUACGAGUGUAGCAAGUAUAUGAUGUUAUUUCUUACUACAGGGGAGCCUGUAUGUGUCUUUCAAGAGUUCCGCAUUGUUUUCUGAAGAUGAGUAGCUGUUCACAUUUUUUGCAGAAAGCAAUUUUUAACCUUUGAACACAAGACACUGAAUAAAUAAAAUAAAUAAAGACACUGACACUUUUAUGCCACCAGCUUUACCACAGAACUUAAUCUUAAUGUUCUCAGUCUGAAGUAAAAGAAAUUUGUCACUAGGAGAGAGGAAAAAAUAUGUUUUGGUAGAAAUAUAGAUGUAUCUCAUGGCAUCAGACAUGUUUGGCAUACUAGUAUUUAAGUCCCAAUUGGUCACCACCAUCACCAUGUACUGUACUUUUUGUUUGCAAAUACAAUGUACUAGUGUCACAUGUUAGAGGGAAUGAAAUGUUUGUCCUGUUCAAUGCUGUAUUCUAUUGCCAGUACACCAGAAGUACAUUGGUGGUCACAGAGAAAGCCUUACAUUUGAACAAGUAUGUGUGGUGAUCGUAGAACAUUUCGAAUAGCUUACUUUACUUUUGAUUUCAAACAACAUGUCUACUUGUAUGUGCAUGCUUUUGCAUGAUAUUUUUAAGGCAGAAGGCUUGUAGAUGCUUCAUUGCCUAAAGAUUGUUAACUUUCUCUAAAUGCAUGUGCCAUAAUCUAAACUUGUAAAAAUAAAAAUAAGCAAUGUUCAUUCUUCAGUCUGGACUGCAAAAGUGAUGAAAGGUUAAUGUGAAAAGGAAAAUAGAUGGGUUGAGAAGUACAACUGUAUGUAGAUUGUGUGUUAUUUUUGUGUGAAACACUCUGAAUUAUACUGUAGAGCUUAGGUGUUAUCUUGAGACAACACCAGUUUUGAUUUUAAGGAUAGCUUGCUAUGAUAAUUAUACAAUGUAUAUCCCUACAGUAAGAGAAAUGUGGGCAUUAAUUGUAUACAUGUAUUACAGAUGCUUUUCUUAUGACCAGUGAUUUCAUUGGAAACUGGCAAAAAAGUUAAUCAAUAUGACCUCAUUUCUUUGUGACUGAAGGAUUUUUCAUGCCUUGUAAACUCUCCUGUUUCAGUGUUACAUCAGUAGAAUGUUAAACUUCAGGAUUGAACUGAUGUGGCCUUUGGGUUUCCCUGCCCCUGUUGAAACCUAGCUAUAGUUGAAUUGUUACAUUUGUUUCUGAGACUGCAGCAUGUAACUUUGUAGAAGGGAUGUCCUUGGGAAGUGUACAUACUGUGUUCCAUGCAAUGUGUACAGGUUUCACAUCUCUCUAAUGUUGAACCUUUGUGAUGACUGGACAUUGAGAGUAAAAACAAUCACUUGUAGUGCACAUGCACUGGAAUAAAGGGACUGGAAAGCAA